AAAUACCCAGGGUGUAGGAACUCUGCUUCAACGCGAAAAAACUAAACCAAACAAGAAAUCAAGUCGAGAAAACUACUUUGAAAAAUUUGAGGACGCCGAGGGUGAAUGGGGCACAAGCAUAGUCACCAAAAAUAUGUUCUAAUUCCAGCAGAGUUACACAUUGCUUAUUUGCGUGACUGGAGGAGGUUACUUGAGCCAAGAGAUGACCAUGUCAUUUCAACUCAAUCUUUCUUUGUAAUUUCCAAGCGAAUGAAGCUGCCUCUUCUGUCUUUUCUGGCUAUGUUUUGAACACAAAAGGACUCUCAAAAGUGGACCUGGAUUUUAUCCAUGAAGGACUGACAGAACUGUUGUGGCCAAGCAACUGUCAAGAAAAAAGUUUUUUGCCUUUCCACAGAUCAAACCUUAAGUCGCUAUCCGUACAUCACUGGGAGUAGAUUUCACCUUCCAAAGUUUUGUGAUUGUAAAAAUCACUGACUUCAAUGCACCUCUAGGGUUAGAAUGAAGAUAACUGGCCUCAAAAAUAUAUUGGAUCACCUCCCUAACUGCCUCUGUUGUCACUAAGUUGUCCUCUUUGUGAGAGGGGUUUACAGCGGGACAACAGCAACUGGUUACUCAGGCCAAGUGCUCUUUGACCAAGCUUUAGAGUUCCAUUGUGUCUCGCAGUUGGACGAACUGAAGAACAUUAGAAGAUAUCUCGCCUGCAGAGGACUGAGAUUCCCCAGCAUUUGGAUAUUGGAGAUCUGAGGCCAGUGGAUCUACAGUAGUCUGUGAGGCACUGAACUAGUAGUGCAGUUUCUCCAAGCUGCCUACUCUCAGUUGAGAGUUCUACAGGCCUGACUGGUUUUCUUCUAAUAUCUAAGGUUUCAAUUCAUUCUCAGCUUCACAAUGAGAGUGUGGUACUGUGUAAGCCAAGCACGACGUCAACGGCAACAGGGCUGUUCCACCAUUCCCCGAGGGACUUCAGAUGUCUAUGUUUGGGAUGGGCUGUUUCUGGGGAGCAGAGAGGAAGUUCUGGAAGCAGAAGGGGGUCUACUCCACCCAAGUGGGCUAUGCUGGAGGCCUCACCCCCAACCCCACCUAUGAAGAGACCUGCACAGGUAGAACUGGUCAUACUGAGGUUGUCCGGGUGGUCUGGGAGCCAGAGAAGACAAGUUUCUCCAAACUGCUCAAGGUGUUUUGGGAGAGCCACAACCCAACUCAAGGAAUGCGCCAGGGCAACGAUGUUGGAACGACCUAUCGAUCAGCCAUUUACACAUACACACAGGAGCAGCUUGAACAGGCUCUGGCCUCCAAAGACGACUAUCAGAAGGUCCUGAUAGAGGGGGGCUUUGGAGAAAUCACCACAGAGAUAGCCGAGGCCCAUGAGUUCUACUAUGCUGAGGACUACCACCAGCAGUACCUCAGCAAGAACCCCCAUGGAUACUGUGGCCUCAGCGGCACUGGAGUCUCCUGUCCAAUAGGACUCAAGAAAUAACCACCUCUGUCCAAUAGGGAAUGACCACCAACCUAUCCGAUUGGCUAGUUUUGUUUGACAAGUCUAGUUUCUAUUAAUUGAAAUGGAAGUUGCCUUCAUUCCGAUGCAGUAAGGAAGUUCAUAUCUGAGUUUUAUUUCAAAUGCUUUGGUAAUCAAUCACUACAAACGUAAAUGAAAGAACAUUGUCUUGUUUCAAUCAAAUCACCCCCAGUGUGUACCCCAGUAUGUACCAAUAUGUACCCCUGUAUGUACCCCAGCAUAUGUACCGGUAUGUACCCCAGUAUGUACCAGUAUGUACACCAGUAUAUACACCAGUAUGUACCAGUAUGUACCCCAAUAUGUACCCCAUUAUGUACUGGUAUGUACCCCAUCAUGUACCAGUAUGUACCACAGUAUGUACCAGUAUGUAUAUCAGAUUGAACUCUAUGGGGUGUUGGUGGAUUAAAUGAUUAAAAUGCUUGUUGAUGUUC